AUGAUGGCCGCAACCGUCCUGGCUGAGGCCGAGCCGUCAUUGGCCGAGCUGCUGGGUGGGCGGGAUCUGGUGCUGCCCUUCUCGGGGAUCGGUCAUUUCAGGAAGGAGGUGGUGUUUGUUGGGCUGGCCCCCGGACAACACAGACACACACUUGACAGUCUGGCAGAGUUGUUGCAAAGCCGUUUUGAAGAGCAGGGUCUUCUGCAAGAAGGCAAUCGCGGGUUUGAACCCCACCUCACCAUGAUGAAGCUGUCCCGAGCACCGAAACUAAGAUCCCAGGGUAUGAAACGUGUGGACCCAGCCCUCUACUCAAACUAUACAAACAAGUUUUUCGGGGACCAGACAGUCGAGCGGGUGGAUCUUUGUUCCAUGUUGAAAAAGAAGCAACAAGAUGGAUAUUACCACACUGAGACUUCACUACAACUUGGUGAGUGUGUACAUCUCGGCCGGGUCUCGAGCACCGAGGUCCAGGCAGAGGGCCGCGGGCCGCUGCUUUGUGUUCACAACACGCUGAACGCCACUCACUGCACCGCGGCUCUGAACAGGUGGGGGGUGGUGAUGGGAGAGGGGUAA